AUGGAUAUAGCAAAGUUGUUGUGCCCACCGCUGAAAGAGCCCGAAGCGAAACCAGAAUCAACAAAGCCCAAAGUGGAACUUGACGCGACGAUCCAACGAAUACUUCAGGAAGUCUCAGUCUUCGAUUCCGACGACGUCCUAUGGGAACGAGCCGAAUAUGCCGGAAACCCCGAAAAGACCACCGUUUACACACUCGAAUGCCCUGAUAGAUAUGCGGACUUAAUCACCAAGGCAGAACAAGCCACCGCAAAGGCGUCUUGGGUCAUUCAACAGUCCGGAAGAGAAAAAUGGGUGGUGAAGGCAAUGUUUAAGACAGUCGUGGUCUGGCUCAAGAAGGGUCGGAUAACAGCGAUGCAAGGAGAAGUCUGUUGUCUCCUGCCUUGUAGACAAGCGGAUAGUUUGGAUACACCGGUAGUGGAGGUGCUCAAGGGCGAGAAACAUAUGCGGUCCGUGGAGUCUCUGACGAGUCCAAUUUUGCUGUCUCGUGGGGAGGGUCUCUGGCUUCGGGAGAGUGCCAUCAGGCUUCUUGUUACCGGUUUCAAGGUGGUAGAGAGAUGA